UUACGCGUAUAUAUAAAUUCUCUCGAGCAUUGUCAGAUUAACCUGUAUCUUUUUAUAAAAAAAAAACUUUUUUUCACUGAUAGUUAAUAUAAAAAUAUGUUAAGUGUAUAAAUAAGUCGUUUUAGUUUAAAUUAUCAGAAUAAUUUGUGUCUGCAAGAAAAUGAAUUUAUUAAGUGAAAAAUUAAAAAUGACAUUCAUAUAAUUGUUCAAGUUUAUGAAAUAAAUUAUUUAUCAUAUAAAUAAAAAGUACAAGCUGUUGACUUUUUAUAUAAAAAAAUUAUUAAUUGCGUCAAUUAAUAAUUAAAAAAAAUAAAUAAACCCAUAAAUAUUUAAUUGAGCUGUCAUCAAUAAAUCAAAAUCAUGUCGUCAUUAACGAAAUGUCGUAGCUGUGGAUCGAAUGACAUCGAAACAGAUCCAGCUCGUGGAGAUGCUGUCUGUACAUCAUGUGGUGUCGUCUUUGAAGAUCAAUUAAUAGUAAGUGAGACGACAUUUGAAGAAACGUCAUCGGGUAACAUGAUGGUAGUGGGUCAAUUUGUAGCAAAUGAUUCCACAGGAGUAGCAUCAGGUUUCGGAGCUGGUUAUCGUAUCAACAGUAAAGAAUCUCAUGAAAUAACAAUUCAAAAUGCGCGCAAAGGUAUAACGCAUUUAUGUCAACAAUUACAUUUAAAACCAUACAAUAUUGAGAUGUCAGUUAAUUUUUAUAAAAUGGCUUUAUACAGAAAUUUAACUCGUGGUCGUAAACAAGCCCACAAUCAUGCCGCAUGUGUUUACAUAACAUGUAGAACUGAAAAAACAUCACAUUUAUUAAUUGACAUAAGCGAUGUACUUCAAAUAGACGUUUAUGAAUUAGGACGUACUUAUUUAAAAUUUAUAAAAGCAUUUUCUUUAACAAUGCCGUCAAUGGAUCCAUGUUUGUACAUCAUUCGCUAUGCAAGUAAACUUGAUUUUGGAUCUAAAACUCAUGAAGUUUCGACAACAGCGUCACGAUUAGUCACUCGUAUGAAACGUGAUAGUAUUCAUAGCGGCAGAAGACCAUCGGGUUUAUGUGGUGCUGCUUUAUUGAUAGCAGCACGUCUACAUGAAUUCAAUCGUACACCCAGUGAUAUUAUUAAAAUUGUUAAAGUACAUGAGUCGACAUUACGUAAACGCUUGAUUGAAUUUGGUGAUACACCAUCUAGUGCACUGACACUAGAUGAAUUUAUGACCGUUGAUUUAGAAGAAGAACAAGACCCACCGGCAUUUAAAGCAACGCGUAAAAAAGACCGUGAACGUUUACAGAAAUUAGAAAAUAUUGAUGAGGAAUUUGAUGAUUUGCAGAAUGAAAUCGAUAGACAAUUAAGUCAAAGUCAAAUUUCUAAAAAGAGACCACGGGAAUUGAGUUGUUCAGAAGAUAUUGAAACUGAUCGUUUUAUACAGGAAAAUACUUUGAAUAUUAUACAGAAUUGUUUGGAGGAUAAUCAAAUUUCUGAUGGAAAAUCAAAAUCUGAUCGAGUGGUCGAAUUGGGACCAGAUAUUGCGUCAAUGGGUUUGCCAUCUUCAUUUAAUGAUUCUCGAAGUAGCAAAGAAUCAGGUGAUAAAAUAAAUAAAUUUAAUGAUGGAUCAGAUGAAAUAGAUCUCAAUGGGUUGGAUGAUGAUGAAUUGGAUGGUUACAUUUUGUCGGAAACUGAAGCUGGUAAGAAAACUGACAUGUGGAAUUCAGUUAAUGCUGAAUAUUUAGAAUUGCAGAAAGAAAAAGAAGAGAAGAGAUUAAAAGCACAGGAAGAAGGUAAACCAGAAAAGAAGAAACGAAGAGCUGGUAAUAAAAAGAAACAGUCUGGACCUGCUAAUACUACUGGCGAAGCGAUCGAAAAAAUAUUGCAAGAAAAAAGAAUUUCGUUGAAAAUAAAUUACGAUGUUUUAGAAACAUUGAAAGUUAGCAAAAAUGAUACGCAGAAAAAUAAUAAGAGUGAUGUUAGUUUUGAUAUUUCGAGGAAUAGAUUUAAUAGUGUUUCGGAAAAUGAAGAUGGAGAUAAAGAUGAUAAAUCAAUGGUAGAUAUGAGAAUUGAUGGAGAUCAUGAUGAAGAAGUUGAAGCUGAAGCUGAAGAAGAGGUUGAAGAUGAAGAAGAAGAUAUGGGUGAUGAUGACGACGAAAAUAUGUCUGUGAGAAAUAUUUUGAAAGAACAUUCGAAAGAUGAUGAAUUUGAUGGGUUUGGUUACGAUUACGAAGACGAAGAGUAUUAAAUUUUUUAUUCUUAAUAUUAUUUUUAUUUCGAAAAUUUUGAAAAUUCCGCAAUACAGGUUUGAAUUAAUUUUUAUACUACAGUAGGCUCAAUUUUUUUUUUCU